GUCUCUCUCCCCCUCUCCUUUUAAUUACCUCCUCACCAUCUUCUUCUUCUUCUUCUUAAGCUUGCAGAGCUCACCUCUCUCUCUCUCUCUCUCUCUCUCUCUCCCCACACGUGAAAGUCCACAGCACAAGAACAAAAGAUGGCAGCCAAAGGAGGGGAUGGCAUGCCAGGAGCCUUAAAAUACCAGACAUGGACGUUGAAGGUCCCAAUCCACUGUGAAGGCUGCAGCAGAAAAGUCAAGAGAGUUCUUCACAGCAUCGAUGGUGUAUUCACGAUAAGCGUGGAUUCGCAACAGCACAAGGUCGAGGUGACAGGCGAUGUCGAUUCCGAGACGCUGAUCAAGAAGCUGACCAAAUCAGGGAAACAGGCUGAGCUCUGGCCCGAUCAGAAGGAGAAAAAAUCCUCCGGCAAGUCCAAGAACAAGGACAACAAGCAAGAAAAGCCCAAAGAUUCUGAUGACGCCGGUGAAGAGGCUUCCAAAGAUGCAAAUGGAGUUGAAAGUGAGGAUGACGAUGGCGACGACGAUGGAGAGAACGAUGCGUCGGAAAACAAGGAGACGGGCGGUGCGAACAAGGAGGCUGGAGCUGCCGGAACCGGCGGCAAGAAGAAGAAGAAAAAGAAGAAAGGGAAAAAGAAGAACGAUGGCGACACGGGCGAUGGGGCAGCCACGGGCAACACUCCAGGGACGAGCUCAGGAUUCGCUCCACCGAUUACAGGCUCGGUGAGCAUGAACCCCUUCCCGUCGAUCUACUAUACGCCGCAGAUCCAUGGGACGAGCUACAAUGCGGCCUACCCUAGCCCUAGCACCUCGUACUACUAUGGCGCCACUCCAACGCAUGCGUAUUCGUACUCUCAUCCCGGGUCGGCGUACGCUCUCCCUCCACCGUCUGAUCCGAUCAAAACCUACGUCGACGACGAUCACGAUUACGACGACCACGACGGCGGAUGCUCAAUCGUGUGAAGUAAUUAACAUGUGAAUUUGCUAGGGGGAAAGUUUUUGUUUGAGGGAAAUAAAGUGUUGUAGAAGUUUAUACGUAUAGUUGGGGGAUGGUCGGAGAAUAAUGGAAUGUGGAGAGAGAAGUUUAGGGUUUUAUGGAUGUGCUUUUUAAGGUAGGAACGCUUCAGUUCAAACAGUCUUGCUUUCUUCUCUUUUCAUUAGGGUUUGCUACGGAAAGGUCAAUAUUAUGUAAUGUCUGCAUGUUUUGCAGGAAUAUUGCUGGGGUUUUUCUUUUCA